AUUGAAAGAAAGAGAGACUUCCCCUGCGAUGCCCCCUUCCAUUCUUCGCAAAUGUUCGGCAAAUUAUUGAAGAUACUCGGAAUCUUUCGGUUUUUCAGAUUGAGGUCCUAGCGGAAAGCCUGGGAACUAAAAAUCCGAUGGCAAACAAAUAACCAUCCAGUUGUUCGUGAACGGACGUAAGCGCCUGAAGCUGUCCUUCUUGGCUAAAAAUAAAACGGGAAAUAGCAGCAUCUGCUCAUGGACAAGGAACUGUUAGGUUAGAAGCGAACUAUGGCCGAAGGAGGAGGUUGGCCGUGGUCCUCUCGCCGUCGAAGUCAUCGAGAACGUAACGAUAGAGAAGCGAAAGACAGCGACGAUUUGGAUCGCGACUUGUUGAGAGUUGUUCUAAGCGACUCAGAAGAUUUUGUCCCUGAGGACGUCAAAAGUACUUCGUCCGUUGCUUGCAGUUGUGCUUCAGAUUUUCAAGAGGAACAUUCCAGCUGCAAUUCAUCCAGUGAGAAAAGUUGUUCAAAUUUGAUCGAUCUUGACCCAGAGCUGCCUUCGAAUUCUCGUAGCUUACGAUGGUUAGCGAAAAAAGUUUCUCGACGUAGAGGUGCUAAAGAAUCUGCAAAAACUUCCGCUGAUAAGAAUCGUAAAAGUGACCGUGAUGAAAAUGGUCUAAGCUAUCACGCUCGUUGUCUGCAAGAAGCGAAACGGGUGAGAGAGAAAGCUGAGUUGGAAGCUUUGCAACGGAGAACAAAUCCUCAAGUGCGACGCCGGAGACCACUUAGUUUACUGGGUUCACGAUCAGCUGGGAAAGAUGGCGAUGGCGGGUUUCAAGGUGCGAGGAGAAGAAGAUUCUCGCUUUCGUGGGGGUUUCGAAGGGAAGAUUCAAAUACAGAAGUUGUGGGAGAUGGCUAUAAUGCAUCAGUUCAAACCCUCCGAUCCCCUUCACUUCCUCGUGAGGCAAAUCAAGACUGCAAUCAAUCCAAUGCUAUUAGCCUUGAAGAAUUUGAACGAAGGCGAAAGGAAAAGGCUCGAAUGAAAGCAGCCCAGCAUAAAUUGGAGUAUUUCCUUAUAAACGAUAUCGCAUCUAUCACGAAUUGCCCGUGGUACUGGGGAAAAAUUAAUAGAUUUGAGGCUGAAAAGGUGAGCUUCAAUUUAAUUAGCUAGAUAAUGGUGUAUAUUGGUAGGAUGUUAUGAGGACUUAUGCCAAGUAAUAAUGACGACGGAGAAAUAUCCAACGUAGGGGAUUUUUUGAAAAUAGUUAUUUUGUUAGGGGCGACUUUCAUUUGAAAACGCUUGUAAAAUUAUUGCUUGAUAUGAGAAAGUAAAAGGUUUUCAGGUAGAUUUCAUUUUCUUGCUACUUAAUCUUGUUACUUACUCUCAUCUUUUGGAAUAGAGCACUGUUUUGACUCGGCCAAUGAAAGUGUAUUAAGAUACAGUUUUACGACGUGUUAGAAAAAAAAAAACUCGAGUAAAACAUUUACCCAAAAGUGCGGAAAAGGUUUCCCUAAUUAAGGUAUUGAUAAGAUGUCUCUGAUCUAGCUGCAAUUUAUCCUUUUGCCUCAGUUAAAGAUGUGAAUAUGGCACCUGUCAAUUCUUGAGAGUCUAAUCUAAAUUUGUACAAAGUAUUUUAAAAACAGGAUGCGUUCAUAAUGUGCCUCUUAAAUUUCAUAAUGUCAUGAACUUUAAAAGGGUUUAUCCUUGAGUCUGGAAAAAAAAAUGAGAUAGUUUCUUGAGAGUGUCAAAGGAUAUUGAAAUUUAAGCCUUUUAUGGUAAAAUACUUUUGUUCUGCAUAAGAAUGCAUCUGUUAUUCUGCCAUAAAAAGGAAUUCAGAGGCUGGUGUAGAUAGAAAGAGCCUAAGGCACUUUAUGUACAUCAGAUAUUUGUUAAUGGGAACUAAAUGUUUUAAUAUAUUGGGUUUUACAGGAGAGCAAACAUAAUUUUUUUCAUCAUCACAUUAGCUAUGUCCUCAAAAUGUUCCUCAUGGUAAUUAAAGUGCUGAUACGCAUUGAUUAAAACUACAAAAACUGCAAAAAAACAACUCGAGUGGGUGCCUUGCAAUAGAUGUUACUGAGAACUACUUCUCAUAGAUGUCAUGUGUGGGUUGAUUUUGGUCAUCCGAUUAUUUUUGUCAGUAAAGUUUGGCUCUGUGCCACUCCAUUAAAUUACCUUAAUAUUUGUAUCGAGUUUCAAGCUGUGUAUUCUCAAAGUGUUCUCUAUACAUUUCCUAUGGUUGUGACAAGGAGAACUUGUAUUUCAAUUAGGGCUUCUAUUGUUAGGAAUCAUCUCCUUUAUUAAGAAAGAUGUUUUUUCAUCUUGUCACAAGUGUGGGACAAGAAAAGUAGUUUUGUCAAAAACAUUACGCUAUCGACAUUGUUGAUCCUAGCAGUAUGCGGGACGUGUGUCAUGUGAACUUCGUAAUAGACCCAGCUCACCGAAGAGUCUUUGUGGCUCAGUGGUAGAGUAUUGGAGCGCAAAUCCGAAGGUUUGAGGUUUGAUUCCUCAUGGAGACUCAGAAUUUUUCUUUGUCCCAUGUUCGUGACAAGACAAAAAAACAUCUUUCUUAGUUUUUUCACUGAGCUCAAAACUUACCAUCUCUACUUUUCUGUCAUCUCCUUUAUUCUCCUGACAUUAAUGCUUGAUUCAACAGGAAUGCUGUAAUAAGAAUUUACAUGCUAGUCACUCUUAGGGGUUAAAGGGUUAAUUCUCGUUACCAGUCUGCAUUUAUGACUUCAUGCAAACUGUCACAGAAACCUGACAAGAUUGAAGUAGUAACUAGAAAAUUAAAAAUUAUUCCCUUGGACACUACACAAGGUAUAAUAUAUUUAGUUAUCAAUGAACAAAGAAGACAAGGGAUUAUGGGAAAGAUACAAGAGCCUCUUUAUCUCAUCAUGCAAGAAUUUCAACAACUUUUUCCAUAAGGGGCUGUUGCUGAUUUAAUAGGUGGCUGUGCUUGUGAAAACACCUAAACAUGAGAGCCUGUUUGCAAGCUAACAGACAGCAGUAAGUGGAGGUAUAGGCUCAGUACAGAAAUUCUCCUUACUAUCGGCCUUUCAUUUCCUCCCAUGGUAGUUCUGAGAAUUUAGUGUUGCCAGCAAAUCAAAUUGUAUUCCUUAGUUGAUAUUUUUCUUUAUUCUCAUCACUUGUCAAUGUGUUAUUUUUGUGACAUUGGAAGGAGAAACUAGCUCUAGGUUGCCCAUGGAGGUAAAAGGGUUUAAUCCAGAUUCUCAAAUUUUUGCUUCAGGUGUUGGAAGGCCUUCCAGAUGGAACUUUUCUGCUGCGUGAUAGUGCACAAUAUCACUACCUGUUCUCUGUGAGUUUCCGCCGCUACUCUCGUACUUAUCAUGCACGGAUUGAACAGUGGAAACAUCGCUACAGCUUUGAUAAACCUAGUGAUUACUCCUUUCACUCCACAAGUGUUUGCCAGCUGUUACAGCAUUACUCUCGAGCUGAGCAGUGCAUGUACUAUGAACCUCUUUUGCUAAAGCCAUUGCAUAGGAGGAAUCCAGUUUCACUGCAAGAUCUGUGCCGUGCAGUGAUUUCCAGCCACACAACAUUUCAAGGAGUCAGUGAUCUUCCUCUGCCAAACACCCUUCAGAUUUUCUUGAGAGAGUUUCAUUACAAAGUUCCAGUGAAGAGGACUGAGGAGAAAAGUACCCAGACACUGGCACCAAGAAAGAGAUUUAGCUUCUCAUUCCAUAGAGACUAGGUUCUAACUUAAUCCUAACGUCCCUAACAUCAGUUUGCAUAUUCUCCAUACAGUACUUUACACAUUUCAUUUGGUACUGACCAGGAGAAUUUUUUAAACACAUAAGGUCUCCCUAAGGUGAUGAUCAUAUCUUUUAUUCUCAUGACUUUAACGUUCGAUUCAGCAGUGAUGUUCUUGUGAGAAAAUAGAUGCCUAUCACUCUUUGAGGUUAAAGGGUUCUGUUGGAUUGAAAAAAAAUCAGAAUAAAUAAGCAGCAAAGACUGACAGUAAGGAAAUUUUCAUUUAACCAUACUCUUUAACAUGCUUUUGUUGGUUAAACUGGUCAAAUCUAGAAUUUUAAUAUAGAAUCAAUGGAAUUCUGGGGGUAAUAACAUGAGGACAUUAUUCUCUGAGCUCAAAUUUUUUAAAUCAUAUUUUCUUAUUUUAUCAUAUCCAUCAUGAAUUUUUCAUGGAAUUGAGGAAAUAAUACUAAUGAUAUUUGCGUGACACACUAUCUUUGAUCAGAGAUACUUUUUCUUUGGCAAAGCUAGUUUUUGUUUUUACUGUUCUGUCAUUUCCUGGGAGUUCUUUUGAGUGCUGCUUGGAGGGAGUUAAUGAUUCUCAUAGAUCUUUUGUUUAAAUAUUGAAUCAAUCUCAAAAAAAAAAAAAUAUGUGAUUAGUGUCAGGUACAUAUAAAUUUAUACUCUAUUUUAAAGAUAAUUGUUGAAAAUAAAUCUUAUAACCCAGUUUAUGUCAUGAAUGAUUUGAAACAAAAAAAUUGCUCUGGUAAAAUUCAAGAGCUUAAUUAUCCCUGUUUUGUUUCUAUGAAUAUUUGGACACCAAUAUUACAUUUACAAAACAAUUUACAAUUUAGUUGAAAAUAUAGCAAAGCAUAUGUUAAACUAUGAACUUUAAAAUGUUUUGAGAGAAUUUGUUAAUGUUUUUGGUCAUGUAGCACUUAGAUUUUUUUUACAUGCUUUACAUAUUUGCUGUAUUUACACUCCUUAGUCCUCAUGAUUACUUUGAGUCUAAAAUCAGACAAUAAUUUUUAGCUAUUGAGCAGUACUUUCUAGAAGUGCUAUUGUAGAAUAUGUUGUAAACAGUGGGUGUAACUUAAAAUUUGCAGUUCAAAACCUUGGUGUUUCACAUUUAGAUGACUGCUACAGGACUUACCAUUGUCCUCUCUAUUGGGAAGACACAUACAAAACUUAUCAAAAACUGUUCUUUGGAAUGCUUAUGUGGAAAACUUCCCUGUGGAAGAACUACUCAAAAGCUUUUUGUUGUGAUGUUUGCAAUUUCCCUUUUGGGGCUUUAUCUAGCAAAAACUGUAUUUAUUUUUAGUUGCAAUUAUUUUUCUCUUUAUGGCUGAUUUUCAGUCCACUUACUAUAUUCUGAAGUGCAAAUAUUUAUGUUAGUUUUUUAUUUUUGAGUGAACAAAGAGGUGGAAGAGUAGAGGUUUCCUCUGUGAACUUGAUUCUCAGGCAAUGAGACAUGGCUGUUGAUCUCAAUUGAUAUUUGGGAUUUAAAUUUUGAAGUCAUUCAAACUUAAAAGAAGCAAAAAAUACUACUGCGCAUUAUUUAGAAAAGUGCAGAGAUACAGGAAUGAGUCAAUUUUGCCACAAACUUAUCACUGGCACCUUUGACAAGCAUAUCAGAGUUUCCUCACAGUUAGUUAUUUUUAGCAUAUUAGCUAUAUAUAUUUGUUAGAUAGUGUUAUCCCAAAGGGUUAGUAUAAAUUAUUAAAUGAAAUUUGUUAAAUUAUGCACUUGUUGUCUCAUUAACAUUUUCAGUUUACUUCUCC